AAUAUGUCGUGCUCUGCCUACCCUUGUUCCCUCCUUUUCAAAAUAGUUAUCCUUUGAUAAAUUAGUUGGGACAUAAGAACAAUGCCUACCGUGCCUGCGCGCAGUUUCGCUACUCAGCGGCUACAUGUCGGCCAAUCGAUAAAGGUCAUUAAUUCAUUUGGCUCCCAGGUUGUUGACUUCUGGGCUUUUUCGAUCCCAUCGACCCCUUCCUUCCCGCACUAUAUGUCCAUGACUCAUACUCGUUCAACGUUGCAUAAAUUCCUCCCCUCGCUGCAGGAGUCCUUCCUCGACAACCGGAGAAAUCCUAUCCUGACAAUCGUGGAAGACAUAUCUCCAGGAAUUCACGAUGUUCUUUAUGCCGCCUGCUCCCCAGAGCGCUAUCUACAACUAGGCGCCUCUGCAGAACACGACAACUGUGCGACCAACCUUUUCAACGCUGCAAAAAGCAUAACAGAUCCAUCGUUCCAGUACCUUGUGGAGUUCCUCGGGCAAGGCUGGAUGCCUGAUCCACUGAAUCUCUUCAUGAAAGUAGCUGUCAACAAGAACGAGUUGACGUGUUUAGACCCGGAGAGCAAACCAGGGGAUUUCAUCACUUUGAAGGCGGAGCAGGAUUGUGUCGUCAUAAUGAGUGCCUGUCCCAUGGACUUGAGCGCUUGUAACGGGGGUCAACCUACUAGUGUGGAGUUCCAAGUUCUUUGAAUCUGGAACACAAGGCGAAUGUGAUACUUUUGUGCAUUCCAGAAACAAUCUUUGGGCGGCACUCUGGAAUGUCAACAUGGACUGGUUUAGUAAGAGGUCGUGAUAGUUUGUUUGUUCUUUUCUUUCUAGAAAAGCCGCAGAGCUCAUUGAUAAGUACCUCAUUCCGGGCCAUACACGUUUGAAACACAAGGGCAAGUGAACUGCUACAUCUACACCUCCCAUUAAUACUUGGUAUCAUUAGUUAGGUUCUGUGUACACUGUUAAGUGGACAGUAUUUAUGUAUCCAAACCAAAAGUUCAACAUAUUCAUGUAGAUAGACGUAGAUGGUCAGUCUGGUUGGAAAAUAACCCUGGCGUAUCUGGGUUCUGGUGUUGGCCUCCGGCAUUGAAUAUCUUCUGGCAAAAUUCAAAACGCAUCCACUGAGGUUCAAUGUUCAGGACCUCGUUGGACUUGUCAAUAUACUGGAUGUGAGGACUCUGCACAGGUUUCAUUGAUAUCGAACUCGUUAUCUGGGAUAACAAUCAUGUCGUGGUGCCUCUCAUUACGAAGACUCCGUCACUCCAAAGCGGCGAAGCUAAUGGCAUAAUCUGUAUGAAACUCAAGGACGAUAUGAAUAUGAUGCAAUGUAGGACGUUUGGGUCUCUUCAGAGUCGAUUAGCUACUAGUAGACUGC